AUGACUUCCGGUCUCCGCUGCGCCACCCGGUCGCGUCUGUCGCGGGUCCCGACCCCGUCCCUGCGCCGAUACGCGUCCGGCGCAGCCGCCCCCCGGCAUCUCCUCUCUAUCGCCGAUCUCACGCCCGCCGAGUUCACCACCCUGGUGCGCAAUGCCGCCGCCCACAAGGUCGCCAUUAAGGGCGGCACCGUCCCGUCGAAUCUGCGCGGGGCGCUGACCGGCAAGACCGUCGCGAUGAUCUUCAGCAAGCGCAGCACCCGGACCCGCAUCUCCACCGAAGGCGCCGUGGCCCAGAUGGGCGGCCAUCCGAUGUUCCUGGGGAAGGAUGAUAUCCAAUUGGGGGUCAACGAGUCCAUGUACGACACGGCCGUGGUGGCCUCGUCCAUGGUCUCCUGCCUGGUGGCCCGCGUGGCCCGACACGCCGACGUGGCCGAGCUGGCCCAGCACUCCACCGUGCCCGUUGUCAACGCCCUCUGCGACCUAUAUCACCCGCUGCAGGCCAUUGCCGACUUCCAGACGAUCCACGAGCACUUCGCUCCGAAGGGAGCCGCUGGGCUGGGGCUGGAGGGACUGAAGAUCGCCUGGGUGGGCGAUGCCAACAACGUGCUGUUCGAUAUGGCGAUCGCGGCGGCCAAGACGGGCGUCGACGUGGCGGUGGCCACCCCGGCGGGCUACGAGAUCCCGGCGUCCAUGCUGCAGGUCAUCCAGGCCGCCGGGAAGGGAGUGCCCAACGCCGGUCGACUGAUCCAAACCACCGUCCCCGAGGAGGCGGUCAAGGACGCCGACGUGAUCGUGACCGACACGUGGAUCUCCAUGGGCCAGGAGAGUGAGAAGAUCCAGCGGCUGAAGGACUUUGCCGGCUUCCAGGUCACCAACGAGCUGGCCCAGCGGGGCGGCGCCCGGGAGGGGUGGAAGUUCAUGCACUGCCUCCCGCGGCAUCCGGAAGAGGUCAAUGACGAGGUGUUCUACGGGCCCCAGUCCCUGGUCUUCCCCGAGGCGGAGAACCGUCUGUGGGCGGCCAUCUCGGCGCUCGAGGGCUUCGUGGUGAACAAGGGGAAGAUCCAGUAG